AUGAAGUUCUCCGCGAUUGCUCUUGCUGCCCUUCUGCCCGCCACGGCCCUGAGCGCGGCGAUUGAUGCCGAAGAGCCCCAUACCACAGUUAUUGAAUUACCCCGGACCACAACGGUUGAACUGCCUCGGACAAUUAUCGAUGUCGAAGCCCGGGAUAUCGAGAAGCGAGCUGUCAAGGGAACUGUUGUUGCUAACGGUCUCCGUUAUCGCACAUGCCCCAGGUCCUCCUGUACCGCUGUCGGGCAGUAUGCAAAGGGAACCAGGAUUAACUUGGUCUGCUAUACUCGCGAGAACACUACCCCUGUUAAUGGUGACAAGGGCUGGGGCAAGUUGACUAAUGGCAACUGGGUUGCAUUGGCAUUUUACAAAUAUGUUACCUGGGACAGCUCUCUGCCCGCCUGCUAG